AUGUCCUUGGGGACAGUAAAUCAUUCAUAUUGUCCUGCAUAUUUUGAUCGAAUAUCUUGUUGGCCACCGACAGAAGCUGGCGUUCGUCGUAUUAUACCAUGUCCUGCAUAUAUCUUUCCUGAUGCUAGUUCAAAUACUUAUGCUUCACUUUUAUGUACAAAUGAAUCUCGAUGGGAAGAACGAAGUCAUUAUGAAUUAUGCAUUGGUUGUUCAUCUGUUGAUUCAUUGGAUUUGAAUACAACAGAUAUAUUUUUAAUACCUUUGAAUUUUCUAAUAAUUCGAAAAUAUUUUAUUAUUUGUGCAAAUGGUCUUUCAAUUAUUCUUCUUACUAUUGGUAUUUUUAUUUUACUUGGUAAUCGUCGUCUUCGACAAUAUUCUAGAAAUAUUCUUCAUGUUAAUAUUUUCCUUGUUUUUCUUAUUCGAUCAAUUAUUAAACUUAUUGCUGAAAUUUUCAUGAAUAAAGGUUAUUUCUCUCAUAAUGUAUUUGAACGUAUUGAUGCAUGUAAUCAAACAACAAUCUAUUUUAAAGAAGAUCAAUUACUUGAUUGUAAAUUAUUUACUAUUCUAAUGAAUUAUAUCAAUAGCAGUGUUUCACAUUGGUUUGUUUUUUGUGAAGCUUUAUAUUUGUAUCGUUUAUUACGAGCUAAAGUAUAUAAAGAUAAAAUUCGAUGGUAUAUUUUAAUGGGUUGGUUGGUACCACUUUUUUUAACAAUAAUAACAUAUACAACACGUUAUAUGUUAAAAAAAGAUUUGUAUACAUGUUGGUUUGAACCAUCAAUUUAUGAUUGGAUUCUUCAUGGACCAAAUAUGAUUCUUCAAAUUUUAAAUUUUCUUAUUUUUAAUUAUGUAUGUAUAUUACUUGUUCGAAAAUUAAAUAGAACUUAUCGGACAGUAACUUCUCCUGAAAAAAGACGUUUAGCUAAAUAUAGUCGUUUAGCACGUUCAACAUUAAUCUUAUUACCUUUAUUUGGUUUUCAUUAUAUUUUAUUUAUGUGGAAUAUAAAACCAUUCUUAAUACCAAAUUUAAUUCUUAUUCAUCUUACUGUACAUACAAUAUCAUCAUCAUUACAAGGUUUAAUUGUUGCAUCAAUCUAUACAAUACUUAAUUCUGAAGUUCAACGUGAAAUACUUCGUAGUUUAGAUCGUUGUUUAAUGCGUCAUUAUUCAUCAUGGGAACAACCAAAUUACUUUCAUAAUUAUAUUAAUAAAUUAGAAGAUAAACGUUUAAAUUAUCUUGGUAAUCAAAAAAGAGUAUCAAUGCCUGUUCAAUAUCGUCAAACAGAUUCAGAUAUUCUUGUACAACAUAAUCGUUUAACAAGAAAAAACAAAUCAAGAUCAAUAUAA